GCCUGUCCACUCCAUGCAAGGUGGCGCUUCACCUCCGUAACGCCACUCAUAUUUUCCAACUCCCCUCACUCUUCUCUUCGUCUUUCCAUUUCCUCAAAAAUCCCUUAUUCCAACCGAAAAAGCCCUCAAUUUUAGCUCCCGCGAUGGAAAUGUACAAUUGGUGCUGUUUGUGAUUCACUGCUUCAACAAUAUUUAUCUUUUACAUCGUUUUUUGGGUGUUUUUCAGUUCGAUUAGAGGUUAUAAAUUUGUCACAGAAGGGAGAUGAAUUCGGCUGUGCUCGUAGCCCUAGUCGCCGCCGUCGGCAAUUUGAUACAAGGAUGGGAUAACGCCGUCGUCGGAGGCGUGAUCGCCCAUAUAAAAAGGGAAUUCAGAUGGGAAGACAAACCCAGCAUGGUAGGGCUAACAGUGGCCCUGCCGCUGAUCGGAGCCACCGUAAUCACAAUGUGCUCCGGCGGGAUCUCCGAUUGGGUAGGGCGCCGUCCGAUGCUAACCGCCUCCUCCGUCGUGUACAUCGUAAGCGGCGUUCUGAUGCUGUGGUCUCCAAAUGUUUAUCUACUGCUGUUUGCGCGGCUGUUGGCCGGCUGCGCCAUUGGCUUGGCCGUCACAUUUGUUCCGAUGUAUAUAUCCGAGAUGGCGCCGCCGGAAGUGAGAGGCCUAUUGAGCACUAUUCCUCAGUUCACGUACACCGGUGGCCUCUUCGCCGGCAAUGCCUUCGUUUUCGUGAUGUCGAUGCUCGGCAACGCUUCGAGCUGGAGAUUGAUUCUUGGCAUUCUCUUUGCUCCCUCCAUUGUCUUCUGUGCUCUGACAAUAUUUUACUUGCCGGAGUCUCCUAGGUGGCUUCUCAGUAAAGGCCGAGCCACGGAGGCCAACAAGGCUUUGCAGAGACUUCGCGGCAAAGAAGACGUCGCCGGUGAGAUGGCUUUGCUAGUUGAAGGCCUCGAGGUGGGCGGUGGAACAACCAUUGAGGAGUAUGUGAUUGGGCCUCAGGGUAUGAUGGAUGAAGAGGAGCAAAGAGCAGAGAGGGAAGAACUCAAAAUGCUGGGGCCUGAUGGGGUCACCUCAAUGGUUGCCUUGCGUGUAUCAGAAAGCAUUACGGCUGGUGCCGUUGAUCAUCAAGGAAGGCAGAGUUCUUUCAUGGUCGACCCCGUUGUCACGCUCAUGGACAGUGUCCACGAGAAGAUGGGGGAGCAAGGAAACACUAUAUUUUCCCGACUUGGUAGCAUGUUGAGCGAACAAGGGCAUGAUCAUGAAGAAUAUGCAGCUGGUGCUCUGAGUGAGUCUGAGGACACGCGUACUCCACUGCGUACUCCAUUGAUGUCCAGGCAGACAACGGCCGUGGGGGGGAAUGCGAGCCACAUGCCUCGAUCUUUUUCACAUAGAAGUUCUCGGAUUGGUGGUCACGGAAGCCGUUUGCCCAGUAUGGCUGGGGAAGUAGGUGAGAGCGUGGGCAUAGGGGGUGGUUGGCAGCUUGCGUGGAAAUGGAAAGAGGGAGAAGGGAUGGAUUCGAGACAAGGGAGUUUUAGAAGGGUCUAUUUGCACGAGGACAGUUUCCAUAGCUCUUGGAAGGACCCUGCAGAUGGAGAGUUCAUUAAAGCUGCUGCUUUGGUGAGCCAAUCUGCUAUAUCACCACAGCAGCUGAUGCGGCCGGGCAUGGUUCGUCCGACUGCAGCUGCCACGGAAGGUCCUCGCCUGAGGGAUCUACUUGAACCUGGUGUCAAAAAUGCAUUGUUGGUGGGGAUGGGAAUCCAGAUGAUGCAGCAGUUCCUAGGCAUAAACGCGGUUCUGUAUUACACUCCUCAAAUUCUGGAGCAAGCCGGUGUUCAAGUGCUCUUGUCAGAUUUGGGUAUGAGCUCAGAAUCAGCAUCUCUCUUUAUCAGUGCUGUGAUGACCUUGCUAAUGCUCCCUUCCGUUACCAUCGCCAUGAAGCUCAUGGAUUCAUCCGGCAGAAGGGGUUUGCUGCUGAUGACCAAUCCAGUGCUAACGGCAUCCCUCAUCAUUCUAGUAAUGGUGAGAGUUUUGCAGGUGACUGAUGUGAUUAAGGCGGCCGUGUCAACGGCUAGCGUGCUCUUCUACAGCAGCUUCUUCGCCAUGGGGUACGGCCCCAUCCCAAACAUUCUGUGCGCGGAGAUCUUCCCAACGAAGGUCCGGGCCAUCUGCAUGCCGAUUUGUGCCCUCACAUUUUGGCUGUGCAACAUCGUAGUCACCUACACUUUGCCGUUGAUGCUCUCCUCCAUCGGCCUCGCCGGCUGCUUCAGCAUGUAUGCGCUGGCGAGCUUAAUAUCUUGGGCUUUUGUACACUUCAAGGUCCCUGAAACUAAAGGCAUGCCCAUUGAAGUCAUUGUGGAGUUCUUCGCCAUUGGUGCAAAGGCUAAGAAGUGAUGGUUGAUUGAUGCCAAUAACUAGGAACUUUGAUGAUUUUCAGACUAGUUUUAGGAGAGAGAUACAUAGUUUUAGUGAUAUGUUUUUUUGUUUUGUGAAACACAUAAGAUGAAAGAGUAGAGGAUAUUGGUUAGUGAGUGAAAAUGAUGAAGAAACUGGGAGCAGUAUUCAUCUGCAAAAUGAAUAAAAAAGUGAUUGAUGAA